CGGAGUCUUGUGCCGCCCUGUGUCGCCGCGGCAGUCCGUUUCCGGCCGGCGCGUGCCCCGUACGGCUCCAUGGUAGAACAUACACUCGUCGACUGUUCUCAGGCGGGUGCCAUGCAAACUCUAACGCCUCAGCCACACCGUGAUGCUGAUGAGGAUCAGCUCGCUGACGAAUAUGUCCAAAAUUUUGAACUAGAUCAUCUCGAAGAUCAUCAUCUUGUAAAGCGUGAACCUCUACGCGCGGGCUGGCAUGAACUUGUUGAAACAUUACCUGCUUGCGCUCGCGCUUGCCGUCAGUGGCCUGAUGCAGGCCCAUAUCCACAGCCACAUGUAGCAAUUGCCGUUGAUCCUAGUACACCUCCGGAAACUCCACCAGCACCCGUCGGUCGCAGUCCAUGUCGUGCUCCCCCUGUGGAUGACGUGUUGUGGUUACCUCAUAUGCGCGAACCUCUCGAUAUGCGUACAGUUCCUUGCGGUAGUUUUGAAGAGUGGGAUCGUCGUGAAUGGAGGGAACAGGAUCAUCAUUUACAGCAAGUUGGUUUACGCCCGUCAAGUUCAUGCUCUGCAGUAUCGCCACGUACAGGUCAACAUCAAUCUUACCAGCCAUCAUCGUGUGGGGAUGAUCUCAUAAGUGAUGAUUUAUUGAUGACAUUGAGUGUACGCGAACUAAAUAAAAGAUUGCAUGGAUUUCCACGAGAAGACGUUACACGAUUGAAACAAAAACGUCGUACACUUAAAAAUCGUGGAUAUGCACAAAAUUGUCGAAGCAAAAGGCUUCAGCAAAGACAGGAAUUAGAAUUGGCAAACAGGUCCCUGCAGGAUGAAAUCCAUCUUCUACAGCUGCAGGUUGCUCGUGUGUCACACGAGCGGGACGUGCUGAAGCAGCGUCUGGCGCUGGUGGGCCGUGAACAUGCGGUGCCACAGCACGCAGGCCAUGCACCUCCCACUCCACAUUCCUCCCCAGAGUUCUUUUCGGAGCUGUGACGGCAGGGUGCGGCACCGCGGUCCGCCGCCGCUUCUGCCGCUACUUCUGGCGCCUCCUCUUCUGCAUGCGCCUGGCAGCGCUAUUAAAGCACUGCAAUGACGGACUGCUCAUGCUUUUGUUAAGUUUGAAAAGUUAAUGAUAAUUAUCAUCAUUUCCAGUUUUAUAGUUUUUUAAAAGGUGGAACUAUUAAGCCGUGAUAUCUGAAUAAGAUGGCUCUUUAAACACCGUGUUAAAUGUAUGGUUGUGUCGUAUAAUAUUAUUCAUAGCUUCGUUAAAGUAUAUGUAUUAUUAAAAAUUAUACAUAAGUUAUAAUGACUCAUCUAAUUAAUCGAAAAUAAUUGUAAAUAGUUACAUAAAUGACGAAUAUUAACUUUAGGAUUUC